AUGCCAGAAAUAGGGCCGAUGAUGCGAGCGCUCGAGCUGCAGCGGCUGAUCGAAGACAAAGUGACGGAAUGGCGCGAGAGGUCAGCGCGGGUCGCGGGCGCAAGCGUCGCCGACUCUUAUCAGCAGCCACUCAACUUCAAGAGGCACAAUAACAGACGCAAAAACAGCAGUGAAAUAAACAGAAUCAUCGCAAAGUACUCCAAAACGCGCAACAGAACUGGCGAGAAGCACAGCGUGCUGCAACACAUACCUGAACAGCCGCCGACGCGACCUGCCAGGCAUAAGAAGCCCUUUGCUAAACUGAAAUCGUCAAGGAGCGAGGAUAACCUAGUCAGCGUUGGAUCAAUGGACGUUCACGCGCACCCGGACCCCGAAAAGACGCCGCCGCCAAGGUUCAACCUAACCAAAUACAACGCCAAAAGUUGUGAGGACAUCACAGCGUUUGUUGAUAUCGAUCACACGAUGAAAAGUAAACAUUUUCAGGAGAAAAGCAUUCUGAACGCGAAGCCGAUGUCUCAAACACGGCCGAAACUGCAUAGUAUAUGCGAAGACAUGUUUGAUAUUUCCGAAUUCAAGGACAGUGGUGUGGAGUUAAGGCACAAAGAUAACUUUGCAACGUCUACUCCUUUAACUAACAGAAGGACAUGUCCACCUAUUGAUUCAGUGUCAAUGAUCAGUUUCGAUAAGUGUACAAAAUUCUCGCGUAGUGAUGUUGACAAACUUAGAAAGGGUAGUUCGGAACCAGACAUCUUAAGUGAUAAGUCCAAUCUAAAAUUGGAUGAGCAAACCAGUGACGCAAAAAGUUUGGACGGCAAGAAACGGUGGAAGAUUCUGAAACCACACUUUCGGAGAGGAACAUUCGACUGUAUACUACGCUGGCGUGGGAAAAAACCACAGCCAUUACAAACCAAAAUACAAGAGGUGGAUGACAGUUUCUUCGAAAAAUUUGGUUCUAUCCUGAAACAAGUUUCACAACGGGCUGCACUAGAAGAGUCGACCCCUUUGGCGCCGUUAAAGGAGGCGGAAGAGCAAGAUGGCGAACAGAAAGAAGUUACGGACUUACAAGGGAGUCCUGGACAAGAUUCCGAUAGCGGAAACGAGACUUUGAUGGACACUGACUCCGAGCCCGAAGAUCCAGAAAAGAUUGACCUCUACGUAGAAGCUGUUGGGUGGAAUGUCGAUGAACUGUACCUAGAAGUUCUCUAUGAGAUCUUGCACAAUGUGGGAGGCUGCGACAUGGGCUGCGAGGUGGGGCAGCAGACGAUGCUGUCCUACGUUCAGGAGGCCUUCAAAAUUGCCAACGAGAAGCACACUCAACUGCUGACGAAGGCUGAAGCCAAAGAGCCGCCGGAGCUGAUGCUGAAUGUGGAAGUGGUGGAGGCGAAGGACUUGGUACCUAAAGACCCGAGUGGACUCAGCGACCCCUUUGUCACAAUCUAUUUGAUGUCCAACUCUUCGCAAAGAUAUAACACAUCUGUGAAGUCGGGCACGCUCAACCCUUUAUGGGAGGAGCAUUUUUCACUGCCAAUGCCGGGAAACCUACACGAAGACUCGUUAAUAUUAGAAGUAUGGGAUUUUGAUCCGGCCGAGACAGUAAAGGAGAAAAUGACGAAAAUAUUUGAAGUCAAAGGCGUCAAAGGUCUCCGCAAAUUGAUGAAGGAAAUCGCAAUCACUGCCUCUACCGGGAAGCACGACAAUGAACUAAUCGGGACUUCUAACAUACCACUAAAAUCGAUACCGGCGGGCGGUAUGACGAUGUGGUUCAACCUGAGCAAGAAGAGCAAGCUGCGGCGGCAGGGCGUCGUGAAGCUGCGACUAAACUUCUCCUCCGAGAAGAACUCGCAGGUCGCUGCUCAGGAGCACCGGCAUCUGUUGAGGAUACUGCUCCUACACGAACUCGAGAGCUCUAAGGUCGCACCAUUUUGGUGGUGCGGCAACUUCAGCGCACCGGCGGAAGCGAUCCUCACCCAGCACGCGGCCCAAAGCGGCUUAAGCCAGACCGACAAUUGGCUGGCGCAGUGGUCGGUCUUCUGCGCAGUCACGGCCGACCACCCUCUCAGCUUUGCGCUCUUCAAUCAGCUGCUGGAAAAGAUCGCAAAGCCCCUACAAUCCGGAUUGGUCAACGAGGAGGACGUGAAGCUGUUCUGGGAGGGCGCGAAGAAACUGCUGCCGACAUGCUACAGCCACAUCAGGAAACUGCGCAAGAAGACCGCCGGCGACAAAACGGUGAUGAAGACCCUGCGGGAGGUGCUGAAGAUACUGUACCGUUUAUCGGCGCUGGACGUCCCGGAGUCUGUGGACCUGUUCCCGGUGAGCCUGUACGGCUGGCUGAGGGAGAACGAUGACGGCUGCAAGCUGAGCAUACACGAGGUGCUGAACCAGGCGGCGGUGCAAGGCGCCUCCGACUGGUUCGUGCACAUACUGGACAACAACGAGUGCAAGGACCGCACCGAGGACUCGAGGCUGCAGCACCUGAUCAGGGUGAUACAGCUCGUGCGCUCCGACCUGCAGCGGGCCGUGGAGUACUUCGACAGGGUUUUCGUCGAGGUCAUGAGUUUCCCCUACUCGAAAGUGCUGUACGGGGUGUACGAAAGCAAGAUAGCGUCACUAGUUGAGCCGGAGGUGAUCCAAGUGUGCAAGAGCCUGAAGCGGCUGCAGUACGACGAGGGCUCCACCAACAGCGUGUAUUUGGCGGGCGGGCUGAACGGGGAGACGGGCCUCGGCGCCCCGAGGGUGGACCACGAGCCCCUGGCGAUGGGCACCACGCUCUUCGAGCUGUACCUGGCGCUGCAGAGGUUCCUCGCUCUCGGGCAAGGUCUGAACGAGACCGAAUGGAGUUCAUACGCGAUUUCAAAGUUCCACUCGUGGUUCUACGGCGGCGUGGCCCAGUGGCUGGACAUCGCUGCGUACAAGGCGCUCACUCGCAUCGAGAAGGCCGUGGACCUGGACAACCUGGUGCCGGUGGACGCCAACGUCAAGUACAGCAGCUCCGGCGUGGACACGCUCGCUAUAUUCUACCAGAUCAAGAUAUUCUGGCAGCAGCUCGCCUGGCCAGACGUCGAGGGAUGCUACACGUUCGUCGCCAAGAUCGUCGAUGACAUCUGCCGCUGCUGCGUGUUCUACUCGGACAAGAUGGCGGGCCGCGUCGACAACGUGGGCACGGUGAGCACCGUUUACGAGGAGCGCUUCGAGGUGACCACGGAGUGGUGCGUCGCCAUCAACAACAUCGACUACGUGCGCCAGAGCCUGCAGCCGUUCGUGCAGGAGCUGGACAUGGACGAGAUCAUCCGGCGGAUGUGCGAGGCCAGGUCGCCGCUGGAGGCGCAGAGAUGCAAGGAGACUCUUCAAAAUGUUAUGGCAAACGCGAUUGACACAGUAAAAAACAAAAUUGUGGAUCUGUUAGAAGUUAUGGUGAAAAAGAUGAUGCCCUCUAUCACCCGUUUCUUGAUAGAAGGGGCGGAGUUGCUGCACCAAGACUGUUCCAGCAUGGAUCGGGUCAUGCGCUACUUAGAAGCCAAUCUUGACACCCUUUACCAGCAUCUAAACAACGAGAACUUCUCUAGAACGUUAGACAUAGUCUGGGAGCAAUUAGGAGAGGUCUUAUACGAAUUGAUUCAGGCCAAUUUAGAGCACCGAAGGGCAAAGAUAACUCGCUAUAUCGACCCGAGGCGCUUGAACAAAUCGGCAGCCGCACAGUUGGACGCGAAGCGCCGUCCGCCGUCGUUCUUCUCGAACCUCCACGAGUGCCUGAAGAUAAUGGUGCGUUCCUUCCGCCAAGACAACAAAGAGGUCUACACGUCGGAGACGCUGAAGCGAGUGGAGUACUUGCUGAAGAUCCACGGCAUGGAGACCAGGGAGCUGAUCCACCAGUACCACCUGGAGAGGUGGCAGGAGCAGCAGACGAUAAGCGAGCCCAAGAUGGGCGUGCUAACGGUGCGCGCGCAGUUCAUUGACGACAACCUGAAAAUCGAAAUCAUGAACGCGAGGAAUCUCACGCCGACGGACUCGAACGGUUUCUGUGAUUCAUAUGUUCGCGUAGCGUUGCUGCCGGAAGAUUUAUUCACCAACGUGGUCAAGCCCAAAACACAAACACACAACAAGAAUCUCUUCCCCUUAUACGAUGAAAUGUUUCUAAUACCGCUGACGGCAGAGCAGCGGCGCGCCCCCGACGGGCUUCUGCACCUGGUCGUGAAGGACAAGGACAUGCUCAGCAUCAGCAACACGUUCGUGGGCGAGGCGUACCUGCACUUCAGCGAGGUGCCCGCCACCCCGGCGCCCAUCACCAGCCUGCCGCAGCAGCACUUGCCGCUCAGCAGGCCCGUGGACUUCGAUGGCGACGCAAUUAAAGCCCUGGAGUCGAGACAAGGCGAUAAACAAGCGAGAGAGUUCUUAAAGAAACAGAGACAGAAAAUUCCCAGCAAACAGUUCUUCUCGCUCGGU